AUGAGCUAUAUGAAGAAAGACGAAGAUGCGGACCAGGUCAUGAUCAGACUUGAUCGGACCUCGGUGUUCCAAGACGCUCGAUUGUUCAAUUCCUCCCCCAUCUCACCGCGAACAUGCCGAACCCUAUUGACCAAGAUCGCGGUCCUCCUCUUCACUGGGGAGCAAUUCCCAACCAACGAAGCCACAACCCUCUUCUUCGGUAUCUCAAAGCUGUUCCAGAACAAGGAUCCCUCGCUGCGACAGAUGGUGUAUCUGAUUUUGAAGGAGCUUGCGGGCACUGCCGAGGAUGUUAUCAUGUCCACCAGUAUCAUCAUGAAGGACACUGCCGUUGGCAGCGACGUUCUCUACCGGGCCAACGCUAUUCGGGCGCUGUGCCGUAUCAUCGAUGGAUCCACGGUCCAGGGCAUUGAGCGACUCAUCAAGACGGCCAUUGUCGACAAGACUCCCUCGGUCUCCUCCGCCGCCUUGGUUUCAUCCUACCACCUCCUGCCCGUUGCUCGCGAUGUCGUUCGGAGAUGGCAGAGUGAGACUCAAGAAGCUGCUUCUUCUUCAAAGCAGUCGACCGGUUUCCUAGGUUUCUCAUCUGGCUCUCAGGCCCACGCCAUCUCGCAGUCGAACUUUAUGACACAAUACCACGCAAUUGGUCUUCUGUACCAAAUGCGCUCGCACGAUCGCAUGGCGCUUGUGAAGAUGGUUCAGCAAUAUGGUGCCGCGGGCGUUGUCAAGAGCCCUGCUGCCCUGGUUUUGCUGGUCCGCCUGGCUGCUAAGCUGGCGGAGGAGGAUCCUGGUCUCCGGAAACCCAUGAUGCAGAUGUUGGAUGGCUGGCUCCGUCACAAGCACGAGAUGGUCAACUUCGAGGCUGCAAAGGCCAUCUGCGACCUCCGAGAUGUCACCGACGCUGAGGCAUCCCAGGCUGUCCACGUCCUUCAGCUCUUCUUGUCCUCCCCGCGCUCUGUCACGAAGUUCGCCGCCAUUCGCAUCCUCCAUAACUUCGCCUCCUUCAAGCCGCAGGUCGUCAACGUCUGCAACCCCGAUAUUGAGUCGCUUAUCUCUAACACCAACCGCUCUAUCGCCACGUUUGCUAUCACCACCUUGCUUAAGACCGGUAACGAGGCUAGUGUCGAUCGCCUGAUGAAGCAGAUCUCGGGUUUCAUGGCCGAUAUCACCGAUGAGUUUAAGAUCACUAUUGUCGAGGCCAUCCGCACAUUGUGUCUCAAGUUCCCCAGCAAGCAAGCCGGUAUGCUCGUGUUCUUGAGUGGCAUUCUGCGUGACGAGGGUGGAUAUGAAUUCAAGCGCACUGUUGUGGAGAGCAUGUUCGAUCUGAUCAAAUUUGUCCCCGAGAGCAAGGAAGAAGCUCUUGCUCAUCUUUGCGAAUUUAUUGAGGACUGCGAGUUCACCAAGCUGUCUGUUCGCGUUCUGCAUCUGCUUGGUGUUGAGGGCCCCAAGACCUCGCACCCUACCAAGUACAUCCGCUAUAUCUAUAAUCGUGUCGUGCUGGAGAACGCCAUUGUCCGUGCCGCUGCCGUCACUGCUCUGGCUAAGUUUGGUGUUGGCCAAACUGACCCUGAAGUCAAGUCGAGUGUGCAUGUUCUUCUCACCCGUUGUCUAGACGAUACCGACGAUGAGGUUCGCGAUCGUGCCGCCCUCAACCUGCGCUUGAUGGGAGCAGAUGAUGCUAUGGCAGGGCCGUUUAUCAAGAACGAUUCCAUGUACUCUCUUUCCACCUUUGAGCACCAACUUGUCAUGUAUGUGACCUCGAACGACAAGCAGAAUUUCGCUGCUGCCUUUGAUGUUUCUUCUGUUCCCGUUGUCAGCCACGAGCAGGCCUUGGCCGAGGAGCGGACCAAGAAGCUCACUUCCGCCACACCCACCCUCAAGGCCCCUUCGGCCGGUCCUACGAAGAGCAAGGCGAACAGCGCUACCGAGGCAAACAGUGCGGCUGCCACCCAAAAGUAUGCCGAGCAGCUCAUGCAACACCCCGAUAUCAAGGAAUACGGCACCUUGCUCAAGUCUUCCGGUCCUGUCGAGCUUUCUGAGAGCGAGACUGAGUAUGUUGUGACUGCUGUCAAGCACAUUUUCAAGGAGCACAUCGUUGUGCAAUAUGAUAUUAAGAACACCCUUCCCGAUACCGUCCUUGAAAACGUGACUGUGGUCGCGACGCCAGAGGAGGAUGACGUUCUGGAGGAUGAUUUCAUGAUUCCUGCCCCCAAGCUUUCGCCGAACGAGCCUGGCGUCGUCUACGCUGCCUUCAAGAAGCUGGGUGGCGAGCACAGUGUCCCAAUCUCCUCCUUCACCAAUAUCCUGAAGUUCACCAGCAAGGAGAUCGAUCCUACCACUGGCGAUCCCGAGAAUGAGGGCUACGAUGACGAGUACCAGGUAGAAGACCUCGAGCUCACUGGUGGCGACUACGUUAUCCCCGCUUUUGCCGGCAGCUUCGACCACGUCUGGGAGCAGACUGGCGCUAAUGGCGAGGAGGAGAGUGAGACUCUGCAAUUGAGCAACAUGAAGAGUAUCAUCGAUGCCACGGAGCAACUGAUCGCUGCCCUUUCCCUCCAACCCCUGGAGGGAACUGAUGUUGCUCUUAACAACAGCACACACACCCUGAAGCUCUUCGGUAAGACCGUCUCUGGUGGCCGGGUGGCUGCUCUCAUCAAGAUGGCGUUCUCGAGCAAGAGCGGCAUCACAACCAAGAUCACUGUCCGGGCAGAAGAAGAGGGAGUUGCGGCUGCGGUGCUUGCCUCUGUCACUUAA